CAAAGUUUUUAGGUUACCUAUAUCCACAGGUUAGGUAUAUCAUGGUGUUGAUUUUAUUUACUUUAAAUUGUGUCAAUGUAGCGAAUUUACUGAUUAAACAAGAGAUUUAUUAAGUUAUUCUGGGUAUUAAAAAUGGGUGAUAUUUUGAAAGACAGUAGAUUUGCUAAGUAUCUGAAUGACCCUAAAUAUCGGCAAAUACCAAAACAUGAAAGAAAGGUUAAGAUUGAUAAAAGGUUCCAGUCUAUGUUCAGCGAUGAAAAAUUUAAAGUAAAAUAUACAGUGGACAAACGUGGAAGGCCAAUAAAUGAAACUUCUACAGAAAAUUUAAGAAAAUAUUACGACUUGGAGGAAUCUGAUGAAAGUUCUGCAAGUGAUUCGGAAAACAAUGAUAAGGAAGAUGAUGAAUUAAACAAUGAUUUAAAAGUUGAUAAAGAUGAUGAAGUUAAACCGGGACAGUUUGUGAGGCGAAAACCCAGUAACGAUGAGGAAGAAGUGCCAUCAAGUUUUAAAAAUGACAAACUAACUCGUGGAAGUUUAGAUAAAAAAAUCAAAAACAGACUGCUUGAUUUAGACGUUGAUUAUGCACGCGGCGAAGGUAUUUUACUUACGGAUAGUUCAAGUGAUGAAGAAAGUAGUGAGCCUGAAGAAGAAACUGAUCUAGAACAUGAGUGGGGAGAGUUAGAUGCUGAUGCUGACAAAACAGAUGAGUCUACUAGAAGAAUAGCGAUUUGUAACAUGGACUGGGAUAAUAUAAAAGCAUCAGACCUCAUGGUGCUUUUAAGCUCCUUUCUUCCUCCGGGUGGAAUUAUACACAGUGUCACAAUAUAUCCAUCUGAUUAUGGUCUAAAGAGAAUGCAAGAAGAAGAAGUCCGUGGUCCCAUUGAGUUAACUGAAGAAAAAAAACAAUAUGAUGAUUCCAAUGAUGAUGGUGGAAAUGAGGAAGGUUCAUCGUAUCAUAUGGAAAAGCUACGUCGUUACCAAUUAAAUAGGCUCAAAUAUUACUAUGCUGUUGUGGAAUGUGAUUCAGUGAUGACAGCUGAUAAAUUGUACACUGAAUGUGACGGUAUCGAAUAUGAAAGCAGUGCUACACGUCUGGACAUGAGAUUCAUCCCCGAUGAUGUAACAUUUGAUCAGGAACCUCGUGAAGUAUGCACUAAGUUACCAGAUUUAACGAAAUAUAAGCCCAGGCUGUUCACAACAACAGCAUUGCAGCAAGCUAAGGUCGACUUAACUUGGGAUGCUACCAACCCUAACAGGACUGAAACUAUCAAGAGUGCAUUGGAUGGCAAAAUCGAUGAUCUGGAUCUAAAAGAAUACCUCGCUUCUAGCAGUGAAGAUGAAAAUCCUGAAGAGGAUGAAGUUGAUUCACAACCAGAAAGUGGAAAUGAAGAUCCAUUACAAAAAUAUAAAAUGCUCCUGGAGGAUAUAGAAAAAAAGGAACAGAAAAAACAGAAUAAAGAUAUGGAAAUGGAAAUCACCUGGGGCUUAGGAGUCAAAGACAAAGCAGAACAGCUUGUCAAAAAGAAACUGUCUGAAGAAAACAAAAACUUAACUCCAUUCGAAAAGCUACUGCAAAAGCGGAAGGAAAAGAAAAAACAGCGUAAAUUAAAACAACAAAAUCCCGAAAGCCUCGGCAGUGAGUCUGAUGACGGAUCUUCAGAUGAUGUUCCGUCUGAUGUGGAUAUGAACGAUCCAUAUUUCGCGGAAGAAUUUAAUAAGCCCGAAUUUAAAAACAAAAAGCCCAAGAAUAAAAAGUCGGAAAAAGAAGACGUCGAUUCUGACGAAGAGAGAAAUAAAGCUGAAUUAGAAUUAUUGCUAGAUGAAGACGACGGAAAGCAACACUUUAGCCUUAAAAAGAUACAAGAAGCCGAGAAUACGUCGAAGAAAUCUAAGCGUAAGAAAAAACUUAAAGAGAAAAUGAAGGAACAAAAGGAAGCGGUACCCGACUUCGAAAUGAACUUGAACGAUCAAAGAUUCUCAGCUGUGUAUAACUCGCAUCUUUUCAAUAUAGACCCCACUGAUCCCAAUUUCAAGAAAACAAAAAAUAUGGAAAAACUUAUACAGGAAAAGUUAAAACGAAGACCAACAGAAACACCGAUGACGGCUUCGGAACCCAAAAAGUCUAAGGAAGAUAUUGAAUUAAAUUUGUUAGUGAAAAAUAUUAAACGAAAAACGAAAGGUGUUAUUGUUAAAAAAUAAAUAUUAAAUAUAUG